AUGAAAGAAAACGAAAGGAAAUGUUACAAGUGUGGAUGUUCUCCUGCUCAUGAUCGUAACAUCACCUUGCAUCGUUUUCCUAAGCCUGGGAGAACAAAUAGCUUACGAUGUGAAUUAUGGGCGAAGUACUGUUUACCUCAUGACUCUUGGUGGUCACCAGAAUUUCAAAACAAGCUUCAUUAUAAGCAUUUAAUGUUGUGCACUAAACAUUUUAAGAAAUCAUCAUUCAUUGAUAAUUUUGGAAAGAGGCUAGUCAAAUCUGCAGUACCUGAUGAGGAAUGUGAUAAGGGCCGCUGCCUGGGGGGUCGCCGGGGCGCGUCUGGAGCUGGCGCUGGACGCGGCAGCAUGCGGGCCGCCAGCCGAGCGCGAGGAGCUGCAAGAUCACCUAGCAGCCCCCCGCAUCCAUCAUCCCCACCAGACGGCUUGAUGUCGGCAGGGUCCUCUCGGACUCGGCAAGCGGCAUCCGCCGCUGGUGGAGUGCGCCGCAUGCGUUGGACAAGGGAUAUGAACGCAAACGCAAUGCGGGCGUACUAUAGGGCGAAAGGGGAAGAAACUGCGGGGAUAGCGUAUCGGGCUCGGAUGCAUUGCUUUUUUGCUGAGCUGGAGCCGUCUAUUCCCGUCACGGAACAAAACCUGGCAGACCGAGUUCGGUACAUCAUGCGCUCGAAAAUAUUCGAUGAUGCCGAGCUCGAACGACUACGACGUGAGGCCAUUCCCUCAUCGAAUGAAUUGGCUACGGCUGGGGAUGAGGCUCCUCAGGCGACAGACCAGCUGCCACGAGUAGAAGCCGCCAUGGAUCUUCCAGUUGUGGGUGAUUCAGACGAUGAUGAAAUGGUCUCCCACGAACUAGAGCAAAUGAGGAGUAUAUUGGAAGAGGCGAUUUUAGAAACGCGCAGCAUGCCUCUCGAAAAUCGACCGCGACUUCCCCCGCAUACCCCUAAGCAAGCGAAAUCGGGCUGUCGUGAGGGCUCUUAA